AUGAAAGGCUCAUCUUGCGAGAUUUCUGCUACAGUUUUCAUUCUUGUUUGGGCAUACAUUAUUUUUUUCAUUUCAGUAUCCAAGAAUACGGCCAAUGCAGCAUUUGCCUACUUCGGUAUCUCCCUACUAACCCUCGGCGUAUGCUUUGCCUCAUUUUUCCUUCUGAAAAAACAGCAAUUUUACCAAUACUACUCUAAACGUGCUAUGUUGGCUCGUCAAAGCGAAGGUACCGACUCAAAGCCGGGCCUCACAGCUCGUGAUUAUCUCGAGGCUUUUAAACAAGGAUGGCCUCAAAUGCUAAACGUCUAUCUGGUAUUCUUUGUGAGUCUUACCGUCUUCCCUGGAAUUAUGGUAGAUGUCCGUGAUGAACUGGUUGGACAACAGUACUCGUUCGUGUUGCCCGAGAGAUAUUUCGUUCCGAUUACAUGUUUCCUGCUCUUCAACGUGUUUGCCUUCAUUGGCUCUAUGUUGGCCGGACGAUACCAAUAUCCUGCUCCCGAACGUCUUUGGAUGGUCGUCUAUCCACGUCUUCUCUUCAUUCCGUUCUUUGCUUUCUGUAACUUCCGACCACUUACCAGGACCUGGGCUGUUCUCUUCCCAAGCACGUGGUUGUAUGUGUUCAUGGGAAUGAUCAUGAGUAUAUCUAGUGGUUAUCUUAGCGGAUUGGCGAUGAUGUACGCACCAAAGGUUGUGGAACCUUCAAAGAGCCGUAUCGCUAGUAUGAUGGCAGGAUUCUUCUUAAUAUUCGGUAUCGUCAGUGGACUUGCAUUCACCAUCGCUGUGUCAGCUUUUAUUGAACAUUAA